ACCAAACCUGUAGAUCAUCUCAGACCCACGGAACGCAACAUCAGCCCAGUGACACAUCGCUAAAGGGUACUAAGCAGCCAUCGCGCAGGUUUAAUUCAACUCGGAUACGGAUAUACUACGGCACGAAGUACACAUUGGGCUUCUGAGAUGCCUCAAGUGGACUGAUCCAGGAAAGGCCCUGUUUCGCGGUGCUCGUAUCUUCAUCUCUGGUCACAUCUGGUCACUUCCCAGCUCGACUAUCACUAUCAACCAGAGACGGUUGUAGGAAAGUAUGUUGAGCAGUCGUACUGAAGCUUUCGAGCUAGCCAAGGGUUCGAUUCCUCCAACGUUCGACAAUGGAAUGCUGACAAUUUCUUCAACUGUCGAGCCAUUGAUGCUGGUUCCACUUAUACUUCACGACGAGUUGACAACUCAAGCGACAAGAGAGCUUCCCUCAGCAUUCACACUUACACAUAUUGCUCUCCGCAUAAUCGACGUUAAUCCAUCGACUGAAGAAUUGAUAGCAACUGCCAAUCCACCCCUUGGACAUCCCAAGUCCCGACCUGGCCCCAUCCUCUUGUCAUCCCAAAACCAUCCCCUCGAUGUCGAUCUCGUACAAAGUGUAUCACACCUGCCCUCCCCUGUCCCAGACACCACGGCAAAAUUGCAACUUGGCAUCCCGAGUCCGACGUCGGAACUGCGACAGAAGAUCUUCAAACCCGCCCAACUCUGGAUAUCCUUUUUAACCCCCAUUCUUCAUCCCAAACCCCUAGUUGACCUUGCUCGGCCAUUCUCCCCUUCCAUUGCAACACUCCAUGUCACCUCGACCGUCAACGUCCCUCGCCUAGUUCGAUCCACGCCCCGCGGCCGCGUUCGUCUAGUCUAGACUUAUAUUUAAAGUAACGGAUCAAAAACACAAAAAAAAAAAAGCCCCUGGU